CCUGUCAGCAGGUGGCAGACGGACACGGUGCGAACUGUACGCGGCUGGAGGCGCGCACUAGCGGGCGCGAGCAGGAAUCAUGGCAGGCGGUGAGAGAGUCGCUCAUCUGAUGCGUCAGCUCGCGAGCGCGGCGUGCAGAUGCCCAGCUCAUUCUCAAGCGUAUUCCCACACUUAUAACCGAGUUUCUACAGGUGAGGUUCAUAUGUGUGAACGGAAAACAGAUUAUGCAUUUGAAAUGGCUUGUUCAAAUAUCAGAUAUGGAGCAGGAGUUACCAGAGAAAUUGGCAUGGAUUUGCAGAACAUGGGAGCACGUAAUGUGUGUCUGAUGACGGAUAGGACCUUGUCUCAGCUGCCGCCGGUUGGAGUAGUGCUGGACUCAUUGACUAAACAUGGAGUCAAAUAUAAGAUCUAUGAGGAUGUGCGAGUAGAACCAACAGACAAAAGCUUUAAAGCAGCGAUUGAUUUUGCCAAACAAGGACAUUUUGAUGUGUAUGUUGCUGUGGGCGGGGGCUCUGUGAUUGACACCUGUAAAGCAGCCAAUCUCUAUGCAUCUCAUCCAGAGGCAGAAUUUCUAGACUUUGUCAAUGCACCAAUUGGAAAAGGAAAACCCAUCACAGCCACACUGAAGCCACUAAUUGCUGUUCCUACUACGGCUGGAACGGGGAGUGAAACUACAGGAGUGGCGAUCUUUGACUUUGAGAACCUGAAGGCCAAAACUGGUAUUGCAAAUCGAGCCCUAAAGCCCACUUUGGGAAUGGUGGAUCCCCUACAUACUCUUCACAUGCCAUCCAGAGUGGCAGCUAACAGUGGCUUUGAUGUGCUCUGUCAUGCAUUAGAGUCAUUCACUGCUUUGCCGUAUAACCUAAGGAGUCCCUGCCCAUCCAACCCCAUCAAUCGUCCAGCUUACCAGGGCAGCAAUCCAAUCAGUGAUGUUUGGGCAAGACAUGCUCUCAAGAUUGUUGCCAAAUACUUGAAGAGGGCGGUGCGUGAUGCUGGAGAUGUGGAGGCUCGCUCCAGCAUGCACCUGGCCAGUGUGUUUGCUGGAAUUGGCUUUGGCAAUGCAGGAGUCCAUUUAUGUCAUGGAAUGUCGUAUCCCAUUGCUGGGAAUGUCAAAACUCACAGGGCUAAAGGCUACAAUGUAGAACAUCCUAUAGUGCCUCAUGGACUCUCUGUAGUUCUUACUUCCCCUGCUGUUUUUGCCUUCACUGCAAACAUGUGUCCUGAGCGCCACCUGGAGGCAGCACAAAUACUAGGUACCGAUGUGAGUAGCAUCAAGAAAGAUGAUGCUGGCCGUGUGUUGGCUGACACUCUCAGAUCGUUUCUGUAUGACCUGGAAGUGGAGGAUGGCUUGUCUUCAGUUGGCUACACUAAAGAGGACAUUCCAUCUUUGGUGAAGGGCACCAUCCCUCAGGAGCGGGUAACUAAACUGUCUCCUCGAGCUCACACUGAAGAGGAUCUGACUGCUCUGUUUGCAGCAUCCAUGAAGCUCUACUGAGCAGACUGAGGGACAUUUUAACAUAUUGACGGGGUUCUCAGAAGCACAGCCUCUGAUUAGCUGUGCUGAUUUCAUUAUGUAAGCAGAGACAUUGAUCUCAACACUCUGACCUCACUGACCUUUAAUCCUUUCAGUGAUGUCACUGUUCUGAGCCAGAAAAGCAGAGACAGUAACACACUCACAAUCAGAUACAGUAUUCUGCAUAUCUAAAAUGACACAUACAUGUUUUUACUGUGAUGUCAGCAUAUUUCAACAUAAUUAUCAUUGUAAUAUAUUUAAACCACCCUGCACACACACACACACAGAGUAUGCAUACUCUCCAUUCAAUCUAACUAUUAAGGCUGAUUUGUUAAUCAGAGUGAUUUAGGCAGGUUGGAUUUAAAUGAGUCUAAUCUAAGAAUCAGGUUUAGACUUUAGACUCUAGUAAGCAACAUUGUUUUUUUCAGUUGAGUUGUUUUUAUAUCUUAAAUCAAUGAUGACUUAAAACUGAUUAAUGCAUUCAGAUUCAUUCAUUCAUGCUGUCCUGAAAUGUUUAUCUGAAGUGAGGAACGCUUAUAGGAUUUUAAGAUCUUAAAAUGAUAGAAAUAUUAAUAAACGAAGAUGUCAAAAUACUUUCCCUAUAUCUUAGUAUUUCACUAAAAUGUAUCAUCGCUACACAAGUAAUUUUCUUUGAAAUGGAGCUAGAAGCAUUAAAAACCGGAUUUAAUGGAGUAUAUAAAUUAUUGUGUGAAAGAUAAUGAAACCUGAAUAUUUCUUAUUGUACUGC